AUGAACAAAUUUAAAGCAAAGAUGAGUUCAGAAACUCCUUUUAGUCUCCCUGUCAUUAAUUUCUCAGAGCAAGAGCUAAAACUAGGCAGUCCCGAAUGGGAUUCGGCGAAAGUCCGAGUUCGGGAAGCACUGGCAGAGUACGGCUGCUUCGAGGCUUCAUUCGACCGAGUCCUGGUGGUCCAAAAGGCAUUAUUCGGAGCCCUGGAAGAAGUCUUUGACCUGCCUUUACAAACAAAAGAGCUCUAUGUUUCCGACAAGCCCGCUCGUGGCUAUGUCCCGGUCGAAUCGGGACUGCAUGAAAACAUUAUCGUUGAUGCCGCAAACAUCGCCGAAAACAUCGAAACAGGCCUGACUACUACCUAUUGGCCUCAAGGAAACACAAAUUUCAGUAAAACAUUGGUCUCUUUCACCAAGUUAGCAUCAACACUAGAGAAGACGGUAAGGAGAAUGAUUUUGGAGAUUUUCGGAGUGGAGAAAUACGCCGAUGAGUUGAUUGAGUCCACGAAUUAUAUUCUCAAGGCCAUGAAAUAUGAAGGGUCUCAAGGCAGGCUGCCAUUCUGUGGGGCUCACGCAGACCAAAGUAUGGUGACCCUGUUGUAUCAAAACGAGGUCAAUGGAUUAGAGAUUCAAAACAAAGAUGGAGAAUGGAUCAAUGUAAAUCCCUCGCCCAACUCUUUCAUCGUCCUCGUCGGAGAAUCUCUCAGCGUAUUGUUAAACGGUGGAUUAUCUUCUACUUAUCAUCGUGUCAUAAUGAAGGAGAGCACCACAAGGUAUUGUGUUGGAUUAUUUGCAACCCCGAAAGGAGGCUACCAAGUAAAGGUUCCAAAAGAGCUUGUGGAUGACAAACAUGGUUUGCUCUUCAAACCCUUCGACUACGAUGAAUUUUGGAAAACUUUCUGUACUCAAAUGGCUCAAGGAAACCAUAGAUUUAGUCUUAAGAAUUAUUGCAGUACUGUCUGA